AUGGUCCUCGCUGCCCUAUCGGAGAGUUCAACUCAAUCGAUUCCUCAAGAAGAUGUGUUGUUUGGCCAGCUUGGAAUUAAUCUAUCUACAACCGUUACAUCCAGCUCGGAUGCCACUGGUCCUGGCCACUCUCUGAGUAUGCACGUCCCUCAACCCGAUCUCGUCAUGGCGGAG